CAUCACUGUGCUGUGUUUCCCUUGUCUAACUUCAUCAUUCACCUUAGCAGAUGACAGAAAGGCAUGAGAAGGAGCAAAACACAUCGCUGGACACAGGGGUGACUGACUUCAUCCUCCUGGGCCUGGCUCACCCCUCCAGCCUCAGGGCGCUUCUCUUCCUGAUCUUCUUCAGCAUUUACAUCCUGACUCAGCUGGGGAACCUGCUCAUUCUGUUCACCGUGUGGGCUGACCCCAAGCUCCACACCCGCCCCAUGUAUAUCCUUCUGGGUGUGCUCUCAUUCUUGGACAUGUGGCUCUCCUCUGUCAUUGUUCCUCGACUUAUUUUAGAUUUCACUCCUGUCAGCAAGUCCAUCCCUUUUGGUGGCUGUGUGGCUCAGCUGUAUUUCUUUCACUUCCUGGGCAGCACUCAGUGCUUCCUCUACACCUUGAUGGCCUAUGACAGGUACCUCGCCAUCUGCCAGCCUCUGCGCUACUCUGUGCUCAUGAAUGGGAGGCUAUGCACCCUCCUUGUGUCUGGAGCAUGGGUGGCUGGCUCCAUCCAUGGGUCUAUCCAGGCCACUCUGACCUUCCGCCUGCCCUACUGUGGGCCCAAUCAAGUGGAUUAUUUUUUCUGCGAUAUCCCCGCAGUGUUGAGACUGGCCUGUGCCGACACAACGGUCAAUGAGCUUGUGACCUUUGUGGACAUCGGGGUGGUGGCCGCCAGUUGCUUCAUGCUGAUUCUGCUGUCCUAUGCCAACAUAGUCCACGCCAUCCUGAAGAUACGCACUGCAGAUGGCAGGCGCCGCGCCUUCUCCACCUGUGGCUCCCACCUGACCGUGGUCACGGUCUACUAUGUCCCUUGUAUCUUUAUCUACCUUCGAGCAGGCUCCAAGAGCCCCCUGGAUGGGGCAGUGGCUGUGUUUUACACUGUGGUGACUCCUUUACUGAACCCCCUCAUCUAUACCCUGAGGAACCAGGAAGUGAAGUCUGCUCUGAAGAGGAUAACGGCAGGUCGAGCGAGCGUGAAAGAAAACAAGUAGCUAGCACGACCACUGCACUACCACUGUGCGCAGCUGCUGCUG